UUGACCAUUUCUCAUAUUGUUGCGAUUCGUAAAGGAUUCGUUGGUAUUUGUAUUUUAAAAAGUGUAAGCGAAUAAUUUAUUCUGUGCUAAAGGUUUAUAAGUUAUCAAGUCAAGAAUACAACAGUGAACAGUUUUCUAACUGUUAAAAUACAUCAUGGUUUUCUAAAUUCAAGAAGGCGAUUUUUUUAACUUAAACUAGGAAUAACAUAACCCAUCAUGUUCCAAAAGCAAACUUUUGGCGCGGCCAACACUGGUUUCGGAUCAUUCAACGCAGGUGCCAGUACAUCCUCACCGUUCAGCGGGUUUAAGCCCACAGCUGGAACUAGUGCAUUUGGAGCACCACCUGCGUUUGGGGCGAAUGCUACACCCCAGCCUGCCGCUGGAGGAGGCCUGUUUGGUGCCACCAACCCUUCGAGUAGCCUGUUCGGUGGUAAUACUACUACCUCCAGCUUUGGUACCACCAGCGGUUUUGGCUUCGGUCCCAGCACGUCCGCAGGCGGUGGUCUUUUCAGCAACACAACCAGCGGUGUCGGUGGUGGCCUGUUUGGCAAUAAUCAGAACAAUGCUGGCUUUGGGGCAAAGCCUGCAGGUUUCGGCUUCAACAACACAACAAACACCAAUACAACAGGCCUGUUCGGUUCAGCUCCGUCAACGUCCACCGGUCUGUUUGGACAACAGAAUGCGACCAUGGGAGGUGGUGGCCUGUUUGGGAAUACAAGUGGUGGAUUUGGACAGCAGCAGGCAACGGGUACGGCUCACGUGAAGUAUAAUCCUAUGGUUGGGACGGAUGUAGUGGUCAAGAGUGGUACCUCCCAGAAUGUCAAUAUUAAACACCAUUGCAUCACUUGUAUGAAGGAAUAUGAAGGCAAGUCCCUCGAGGAGCUACGGUUGGAGGACUACGUGGCUGGCAGGAAGGGUGCCACCGGUGGUGGUGUGUUUGGUGGAUUCCAGCAGACCGAAAACAAACCUCUUUUCGGUGGUCCCUCCUUCGGUCAACCGGCAACUACGAGUGCACCGAGUUUAUUCGGUACCGGUAUAGGUUCGACGCCCGCUUUCGGACAAACAAACACAUUCUCGUUCGGAAACGCGGCUCAGACGAACACAAACACGACUGGUCUAUUCGGAGCCAACAAGCCGGCGUUUGGAGCGCCUUCGACUGGUACGGGACUGUUCGGAGCGACGACGACGCAGGCGCCGGCGUUCGGCACGAAUACGUCCACGUUCGGCUUCGGAAACACCACGCAGAAUCAGACUACGGGCGGCCUGUUCGGAGCUAAGCCGGCGACGACGGGCUUCGGUGCUCCGGUCGCCAGUACGGGCUUCGGUGCCUUCGGUAGCGGAGGUUUGUUCGGGGCGAAGCCCCAGCAGACCACCGCGCCCACCUUCGGCUCAACCGCGCCCACGUUCGGCACGACCCCCGGCUUCGGAACGAACACAACGGGUUCGAGUCUCUUCGGUGGCUCGACAUUCGGGAAACCUCCGACGACGCAGGCGACGUUCGCAUUCAACACGCAGCCUACACUAGGAACCGGUCUCGGUGGCGGCCUCGGCACGGCGUUCCAGGCGAAGCCGACCACGCCUGCUUUCGGCUCGCUCGGCGGUAUGGGCACCGGCUCCAUGUUCCAGGCGCCCGCGCAGAACAACACCUUCCGGACCGGUCUAGACUCGGGGCUGGGGGGCGGCGGCCUGUUCGGCAACACGUCCUCGCUGGGCGGGAACACGCUCGGCCUGGGGCAGCUCAACGCCAACACCACCAGUCUGGGCAGCGGCCUGUCGGGCGCGUCGGCAGCGGGCAACGUGCACGAGCAGAUCCUGUCGCUGGCGGCGCGGCCCUACGGCGACCAGCCGCUCUUCAAAGACCUGCUACCUGACAAUUCGCGCGCGGAGGACGCCCUGCGCGCCACCAACCCGGCGUGCGUGAAGGCGGCGCUGCAGGGCGCGCACUUCCGCGUGGCGUCGCCGCCCUCGCGCCUCGCGCUGGCGCCGCGCCCCGUCGCGCACGACCGGAAGUCACUCUUCGAUGGUCUAGAAGAAUCGGACGCUAGUCUAGAGGAUAAGUUGAGUUUGAAACCGAGCCGGAAACGUUUAUUUCUCAGACCGAACACUCGUACCGACGAUGAUGUUGAGAGACACGAAAAUAACGGAUCAAUCGAAGACACGUCCAGACAAGAUGUAAACAAUCAAGAGACGAGAGAAAAUCAAGAUCCGAAAGAUUACAUCUCGCAGCGAGCGGAGAGGGAGAUGAUGAAACAGAGACAAGUCGACAACAACAAUGUAGACUCAAACUCCGAUAGACACGGCAGUUGGCUCGACUCGUCCCAAACUUGGUCAGAGAAAGGAAAGAGGAUUGAAUCUGGUGAAUCGUCGCCGAGACUGUACCCAAAUUUAGAUAAAGAGUUACCAGCACAGGUACCGGAGAGACGUGCCAGUUGGUUAACAACGAAACCAUUGAGGAAGCCGCUGGUGUCGAAUCCCGAAUCCGCUGAGAACUCCGUCAGAGAAUUGGGCGUGAGAUCAGAUCGAAGCGCUGAGGACAAGGAGAACAUCGACACCUUAUCUGUUUCCGAGGAGGAGAACGUCCCGACGCGGGAGUUGCCGCCGCAUCCGGCCGGCGUGAAGCUGACGAGACCUGGGUACUACACUAUACCGUCGCUGGAGGAAAUUACGAAGUAUAUGCGGCCGGAUGGCUCCUGUGUCGUCCCUCACUUGACGAUCGGACGUCAGAACUACGGCAACGUGUAUUUCGACUGCGAGAUCGACGUCGCCGGAAUGGAUCUCGAUGCACUCGUUCACUUCCUAAACAAGGAGGUCAUAAUCUACCCUGAUGAUGAACACAAGCCGCCGGUGGGAGAGGGACUCAACAGACGAGCGGUUAUCACGCUGGAGCGGGUCUGGCCGCGCGACAAGACCGAGAAGCGACCGGUCACCGAGCCCGACCGGCUACAAAAGAUGGACUACGAGGGGAAAUUACGACGCGUUUGCGACAAACACGACACGAAGUUCAUUGAAUACAGACCGCAGACAGGGAGCUGGGUGUUUCGGGUCGAGCAUUUCAGUAAAUAUGGUCUCACGGAUUCGGACGAAGACGACGAUAUCACACCGGACGUGCUGAAACGGCAGCUCGUCAAUCAGAAUCUACAGAAAUCCGCCGCACCCGCACAAAAACAACCAGUUCCAGUAUCGACGAACUCGACCAGCGUGGGUCUGGUGGGUCUCGGUGGUCUCGGGGGCCUCGGGGGCCUCGGGGGCUUAGGAUCCCUCGGGGGUCUUGGUGGGACCAGUGGACUAGGUCCCUCCGAUGAGAUGUUCGCUAUGCAACAGAGCUCGCUCAAUUUAAUGAACGGCGCUUCUAGAGUAUUCGAAAUGGAUGCGACAGAUAAUAAUUCGGAUGCGCCGAGUUUCUAUCAAGACAAUAGUGCGUUCGGUGUGAAGAGUCCAACGACAGAGCUUGCCCGUUUGGAGAACAGGCGCAGUCACCAUGUGCAGCUGAUGAAGGCGUCACUGUACGCGGACACUGAGAUGGAGGAGGAGUCGGCGAGCGUGUCGAGCGGCGACCAGCUGGUGCCGGCGCCGCGCGGCCCCGCGCCCCGCGCGCCCUCGCCCGCCGCGCCCGCCGCCCGCGCGCGCGCCCCCGCCGCGCCCGACGCCGCCCCGCCCGAAGUAGUAAUGCGUCCUCUGAUCGUACGCCCGCACACGAUAGUGCUGAAUUAUCAUAGAAAAGUCCCGCCCUUCAAACAUACAAUCGCCGGUCGUCUGGACGCGGCGUGUAUAGCGGACAUGUCGGUUUGCCGCGCCCGACACAGUCGCAUCGGCUUUGGUCCGGCCGGUACCUUCAGCUUCGUAACCACAUACGAUACCAUUAACGAUCUACCCAAGACGGCCGACCUCAGCACGCUGGGCGUGUACGCGUCGGGGCGCGGCGAGGACGACUGGAGCGAGUCCGUCGUCGCGAGGAUGGCUGUCGGGCGGACGCACUCUAACUCUACACAAGACGUGCUGUGCCGGCAGCUGGCCAGCCUGCUGCAGUUCUCGUCGUUCGCGGAGGCGGCGCCCGACGCGUGCCCGCGCCUCGACGUGCAGCGCGAGCCCGCGCAGCGCCGCCGCCUGCUGCGCCGCCUGCUGCGCGACGCCGCCGACGCCGCCGACGCCGCCGCUGCUGCCCCGGCCCCACAUGGGGGCGCUGCGUACGGCAUGUCGAACGAAUACUGUCUGCAAGUUUGGAAGCUGUGUGACGCGCUCUGGGGAGAUGAUUUGGACAAAGACGGUGUGCCCGGCAUGGACGAGAAGUCGAUAGUGAAUCGUCACAAGCGUCUGCUCGACUGGUUGAAGGAGUCCGUCUCGGACGUAACGGACAAGGAACUCGCUGAAACGACGCCCGGAGAACCAGAAGAUGAGAGCGACGGGCACAGCGGGCGCGUGUGGGCGCUGCUGGCGGGCGGGCGGCUGCGCGAGGCGUGCGCGCUCAGCCGCCAGCACGGGGACCUGGCGCUGGCCGCGCUGCUGGCUCAGCACGAUGACCCGGCCUUUAAGUCGCUGGUGGCCCGUCAGCUGCGCGUGUGGCAGCAGUGCGGGGCGGAGUCGCUGGUGGCCGGCAGCCGGCUGGCCACGCUGCACGUGUUGGCGGGCCUGCGACCCGAGCGCCACCUGCAGCGACUCGACUGGCUGAGGGCUUUCGCGGUUACUGCACGGUACCUCUGCCCUCAAAUUCCCACUCUGGAGCAAGUGGUCCGCACUUACGAGGGCUACUUCAGUUCGGACCCGGAGGCGGACCUCCACACUUUGCCGGACGAUGAAAUGGGGAUGCAGUUCCCCUUGCCGCCGUAUCUCGACCAGUACAGCGUCACCACAGCGAGCGGCGGCCGGCGGCGCGUGCUGGACGUGCGCUACGAGCUGCUGCGCGCGCGCGCCCUCAACGCGCCGCCCGCGCUCGCGCCCGCCACGUGCUCGCGCGACCCCUUCGACUUCUCCCUCAGCUUCCCGUUGGCUUCGUGGCUGGGAGUGGGCAGUUCGUGCGUGGUGGGCGCGGCCGAGCAGCUCGAGGCGAGCGGCAACUGGCACCUCGCGCUGCAGGUGCUGGCCUACCAUCGGGACGAUAACGCCCGCGGUCACCUCAUCCGUCAGGUGCUCUCUCGUCACGCACCAUCUCAAUUUGAAACGCCGGAAAUGAAGGAACGCUUUGAGCUGAUCAAGAAACUAAGGAUCCCGGAGAAGUGGGUGCUGAUAGCUCAGGCCAACAGAGCCAAAUACGAGCAUAAGCCAGCGUUGGAAGUGGAGUACCUGGUUGGCGCCGAACAGUGGAAUGCAGCUCAUCAAGUACUGCUCAAGGAACUGCUCCCCGACGCGGUGCUGGCCGAUAACCUCCAAAGCAUAAAGGGUAUACUGGAGAAGAUGAACGACGCGGCCGACAGGCACGAAGUCAGCGGAUGGGAGACGGGGGGGCAGGCCCUCUACCACUACCUGCGGGUCUGCGACGAGAUCCGCGGGCUGGUGCGCUGCGCGGGCGCGGCGGGCGGCGCCGUCUGCGCGCGCCUCGAGGCGCUGCGGCCCGCGCUCGCCGCCGCCUGCCGCAGUCUGCGCGGACUGACGCCGCGCUCCCCUCGGCACGCUGCGGCUCGCGCGGAGAUGGGCGCCCGACUGGUGCAGCUGGCGCUGGCCGGCGGGGAGCCGCCCCCGCACCUGGCGGCACUGCUCGCGCAGCUGCGUCUGCCGCCCGACUGCGCCGCCCGCGCCGCGCACCGGAUAACGACGGACGUGGCCGAGCGCGCCUCGGAGCUCUGCGUGGAGACCGCGCCCUCCCCCGAGUCCUCGCAGCGAGCGACCGCCGUCGAGACGUAGGCCCCCUUCGGCACAUCGCGCCUGUACACAACGAACUGACCGAAGUCGUGCAACAUUUGUCCUACGUCAUUGUGUAUUUUAUCAUUACUCAAGAACACGUUUGUCACUUCAACAGUCUAGAUAUAAAGCAGGUGAACUGCGAAGCCUGAAAUCUUCUCCAAAAGGCACUUCAUCUUCUGGUAUCAGUUUAAUGUACAUUGGCUCAGUAGUUUUUAUCAGUGAGGCCUUACAAAAAUAAUGUCACAUUUUUAGUACAUUAACAGAACGUAAAUUAUUUUCAUGUUUUCGUUUCGUAAGGAUUUUGUGAAUGUUUGUAAGAUUUGAUGAUGUCAUUAAAUGGUAUAUUUGUAUUCGGAUUUAAUACGUCCGUACACACGAAAGUAGCAUUGUUACAAUAAUGUUCGACGCGUUGGGGAGCGUCGCUCGAUGCAGAUAUUAGUUUUAUUUGUCCCGUCUUUAUUGUGCAACUAAAUACGUGUUUAGUUUUCACGUUUAACUAUAUUCUAAUGGCGAGUGGAUCAAAGAUUUACAGAUAGAAGUCAAUGGUUUUCUUAUAGUUCUGUAUUUUGCACUACUGACAGUUCUCGAUCAAUAUAUCUGUAUUUAUAACACAGCACUGUAACCAUCUUUACUU